GGUAUGUCCGAUCAAUAAGCUUAUCAAGCGGCAAGGUAGGAGGGAUGCGCAGCCCAUCGCCGAUGCGGGUGAUAUCUCUGAGGGGUUCGGGCUGUUCCCUCGAGGCAUUGGUUGCCUUAUAAAGUUUAGGUAGUACUCCGUCUCAUAAAUCGAUCAUAAUGAAAAGAAACGAAUGUAACCAAGAACAAACUGAUCGAAAAGGACAUAUACUUACCUGAGAAGAACAUAGACAAGACAGCUAGCUUAUCCUAAAUUCAAAGCAUAACAAGAUGGCCGCGACAAUUCUUAUCACUGGUACCAACGGUCUAGUUGGCUUCCGCAUUCUCACUACGGCUCUCGAAGCCGGGCACAAUGUGCGAUUCGCGGUACGUUCGGAAGAUAAAGCUCGGAUAGUUUCGUCGAAUCCUGCCGUCCAGAAACUAGCGCCGGGAGACCGACUCUCCGCAGUAGUGAUCCCGGACUUCACCAUCCAGGGGGCAUUCGACUCGGCCCUUGAAGGGGUCACGCACAUCAUCCAUACCGGCUCCCCCGUGCCUAUGCCAUGGUACGAUCCUUAUAAGGACAUCUUCGAGCCUACGCGUAAGAUGUGCUCAAACAUACUCUCUUCCGCGCUCAAGACGCCUGGCAUUAAGAGCGUCGUUAUCACUUCGUCUAUCGUGGGGAACCUAGGGUCCGUGCCGCCAGCUCACGUCGUCUCGGCUGCAACCCGCUUGCCGUUGCCUGACCCCAUUCCGCAGACCUUCAAAGAUGGGUAUGAAGCGUACAUAAUAGGGAAGAUAGUACAGCUACACGACACGGAUACGUUCGUGCGUGAGAAAAAACCGCCGUUCGGCGUCGCAAAUAUAGUCCCCGGCUACGUGUAUGGUCGCAACGAGCUCGCACUCACCGUCGAGGCUAUGGGCCAAUCCAACAGCUCGAACAAUGCCAUAAUCCAGGGCGUUACCGGUGGCGAAAUGGCAUUUCCCGUCCAUAUGGGUUUCGUACACAUAGACGACAUAGCGGAAAUACACUUGCGAGCCGCGUUUCUAGACCGGGAACCUAACUCGGAUGUAUCGAAAGAUUUCGGGGUGGCGAGGAAAGUUGACUAUGAUACGGUCUGGGGCUAUGUCGAGAAAGCGUUUCCGAAGGCUAUACAGGAUGGGGUGCUCAAGAAGGGAAAUGUGCCUUCAUUAGAUUUUCAAUAUGAUUCGAGUGAUGCAGAGAAGCUGAUGGAUGGGAAGUUGAAGAGUUUUGAGACUGCAGUGUUAGAUGUGGUAGGUCAGUAUCUUGAGGUAUCGGGGAGGGAAAAGGCGUGAUCCGGUGUGCCUUAGCCCUUAAUUCUCUACUCUCUGACGAUUCUCACAUAUGAAAAUGAUAUGCGAAAUUGGAACAAGACAGAUUGUAUACACUUCUGCAGUAAAUGUUCA